AUCAUGGUUAUUAAAGUGGGACUAAAAACUGUCAAAUUGCUAUUGCUUGUGUUCAAUUUAUUCUGCAUUCUAAGUGGUCUCGCGUUGAUUGUCUUAGGCAUUCAAAUAAGUGAAGACAUUGAUCCGGUGAAGGACUUUUCCGGGACUGAUGCCUUGCUGGCUAGCGAAUCCGUGCUGGCCAUCGUUUUGGGAUGCGUGGUGUUCGCAUUAGCUUCGUUUGGAUUCUGUGGAACCAUCAAACACUCCCACGUAAUGAUGACAACUUAUGCAUUUCUGAUGCUCGUACUGAUCGCGGCUCAAGUUGCAAUGUCAUUGCAACUAUUCACCAACCUUGUGCGAACAAACCAAAAAGUCGAAAUGUGGUUCACGAGACAUUUCCACAGUCGUCUGUGGCAAUCUAGCGACUCCAAUCCGGCCGCAGAUGAUGACGUUGAGCGACUACAGCGCUCCUUCAAGUGUUGCGGAAAUAUUUCCUACCAAGACUGGGGUUCACUCGAGAAGCUACCACGAUCCUGCUGCUCCGAUAAAUCCGUUCCAACCGGUUGCCGAAUAAUCGAAGAAGGUUGCCAAGCUGUACUGGAACAAUUUGUAAGAAAAUCCCAGCAAACACUCGCCUGGUUUCUGCUGGGCAUGGCGAUGUUCGAAUUUUUGACGUUUUCGUUGAACUGCUGCGUGGCCAACGGGAUACAAAAUCAUCUGGAAGUGUUAAAUUUAUUGUAACCUAAAGCGGUUAAGGUUGGCGUUUUGAUUAACUGGAAUCGUCGUGGACUCCAUUAAAUCCGAAAUUCCAACCUCCUCAUUUGGAAUGAA